UUUAGAGAGGCGUUGCCGCACACGAACCACUCACGGAAUAUAUGCUCGGCGUUAGUAACACAUUUCCAUACAUUACGCUUCUAGCCGCCGCGUACAGCACCCUCGCAGUCACAGUUUGAGAUAUUCCAAAAAAUAAAGACUUAACUAUGGCCAACUACAUUCACGUUCCCGAGGAGGCUCCCGCUGUGCCCAAAAUAGACGUGACAGUUGACGAAAGCGACUACAGAUCCGGCGCAUUGAAGCUGAUCAAGGAGCUGAGACCGAGCUGGAAGCCAUCUGAGGUCAAACUAAAGUUUUUCACUGAUGGGAUAACCAAUAAGCUGCUGGGCUGCUAUGUGGGCCCAGUCAUGCAGGAUGUGGUCCUGGUUCGUAUUUAUGGCAACAAAACAGAAUUAUUGGUCGACCGGGAAAAUGAAGUGAAGAGUUUCAGAGUACUACAUGCACACCGCUGCGCACCACGCCUAUAUUGCACCUUCAACAAUGGCCUCUGUUAUGAAUUUCUGCAAGGAACUGCCCUGGAGCCUGAGGACAUACGCAGCCAACCUGUUUUCAGGCUCAUCGCCAGGCAGCUGGCCAAGUACCAUGCAAUCCACGCCCACAAUGGCUGGGUGCCCCAGUCUGACCUGUGGCUAAAGAUGGGCAAGUACUUUUCUCUCAUCCCCAAGUACUUCAAGGACCCUGAGAAGAACGCCAGGCUGAACGCAGAGGUGCCCAGCCCGCGGUGCCUCCGAGAAGAGCUGGUGUGGCUCCAGCAGAGCUUGUCUGUGCUGGGCUCCCCCGUCGUUCUCUGUCACAACGACCUGCUGUGCAAAAACAUCAUCUACAAUGAGGAUGCAGGCAAUGUAAAGUUCAUUGACUACGAGUAUGCUGGGUACAAUUACCAAGCCUACGACAUUGGGAACCAUUUCAACGAGUUUGCUGGCAUUAAUGAGGUGGAUUAUAGUAACUACCCACAGCGGGCCUUUCAGCUCCAGUGGUUACGCUCCUACCUGGAGGCCUAUAAGGAGCACAAAGGCCAGAGCAGUGAAGUGAGCGACAGAGAGGUGGACGCUCUUUAUGUCCAAGUCAACCGUUUUGCCCUGGCAUCUCAUUUCUUCUGGGGUCUCUGGGCUCUGAUUCAGGCCAAGGUCUCCACCAUUGACUUUGACUUCUUGGAAUACGCAGUCCUGCGUUUCAGCCAGUACUUCAAGAUGAAAGUGGAGGUAGCUGAGCUGACCUUACCCGAAUAAAAACCCCGCCCCCCUCAUCUUCUCUUCCUCCCGCUCUUUCUCCCUUCCGACCUGCUCUGAGCCUCACAUGACAACUGCAGAGCGCCCUGUGGGGGUCUGCAUAGGGAAGAGCCAGACUGAGAGUCUGUCCUGCUCGGUCCCCUCUACAUGUCCUUAUCUCUAAAGAUUGAAUGGACCACAAGCUUUUCCAUCCUCUGCUGCCACACGUUUGUAAAUCGGUAGCCCAAAAUAUUUGUAAUGUGGACGUGUGUGAAGUACAGACCUGCGAUAAUGUAAAGCUCACAUGGCUAAAUUUAAUGCAAUUAUUCUAAUCUCAAUUAACAUGAUAUCAUACAUGUAAGCAGCUUUUCUAGAAGCCCAAAUCACUUUAAAUAAGGAGGUGGAUUGUCACUCUAUUUGACAUAUAGUAACCACGGACAUGACUGACAGGUGGCCCAAACACUAAUCUCAUCACCUGGAGUCACCUUCCUCAUAUACGCAUUUAUGGGGAGAACUCUCGAGAGAUCAGCCCAGCUAACGACCACAUUUAUAACGGUACAUAAAAGCAAUACAAAGCCCACUUUGUUUGAUACCAAGAUGAAAGAAAAUAAGAAAUGCCAACAUGGAAAGGCCAGUGCUGUCCCUUAAUCCCACGUGAGAUGAGCUCAAUCACUCCAAACAAACUUGUGGCCUGCCUUGUGACUCUUGUUUUCACCCUUAUUUUCCGUCAGCAUACUGUGCAUGGGUGGUGCGCCAGAAUAGCUGCGUAGUCAUUGUUGUGUAGUUUG